AUGAUUUUCCCCCUGCUCCUCUGGGCUGAAAUCUGCCUCCUGCUGCUCUGGGGAGGCUGCCAGCGAGUGGAACCGGCAGUGGCUUUGAAGGAACCCAUCCAAUCUGAUACCAUCAUCGUAGCAGCCCUCGGGGGAGAGGCAAAUUUCUACUGCAACUUCUUGCUCUGGAUGGAUGUUUUGCAAGUGACCUGGCAAAAGAGAAAUGGCACUUCCUUCCAGAAUAUGGCCACCUACAGCCCAGUACACGGGCUGAGGCUGAUAGGGUCAUUUCAGAAGAAGGUGCGUUUCACUAGAGCAACCCCAAAGGCCUCAGCUAUCACCCUCCAAAAUCUCACACUUGAAGAUGAGUCCUAUUACAAAUGCAUUUUCAGUGUGUUCCGUCAUGGCUCCAUCAGCAAAGACAUACGCCUCAACAUCCAAACAAUUUCUGAGCUCACAGUGGAAUUCCAUUCCCUCCUGCCCACUGAGGGUCUCCUCACUGCAGUGUGCUCAGCAACAGGAAAGCCUGCCCCCAACAUCACCUGGCUGCAUGACAGAGGCCUGGAGGAGGCACCUGAAGUACACCACAUCCAAAACACAAACGGAACAGUAACAGUGGCAAGCAGAGUUACCUUCUCUGCCAAGCACCCCCAUGUCUUGUUCUGCCUCCUUGACCACCCACAAGGAAGGAAAAUGAAGGCACUUCACCUGGAAAAAGGAGGGGAAGAUGUUCAGAAGAGCACAGUCAUCAUCACAUCGAUAUUAACAGCGGUGUUGCUCUUAUCAGUCUUGAUAUAUUGUGGCGUGCGACUGAAUAACAGCAGAAGGAACAAGCAGAAGACACACUGCACACCCACGACUCCUGCAAAGGAGACAGGCUCACAGCAAGACCUAGGUGAGAGAGCCUCUGAGAGCCUGCACACACCGAAAGAGCAGCACAUCACUUACCAAAACGAGAAGCAGACACCAGGAUCCACACUACGCAAAAGGUGGAACGGAAACCUGGGAUUGAGAAAAAGUUGGAGGCCUUUGUUUCUGGAGGAAACACAGAACCUGAACAGCAGCUUCCAAAGUGAGUUGAAGAGUGGACCUGCUGGGUUAUCCAUCAAGGAGCUUGGCUGCUCUCCCAUGAAGCAGGAUGAGGAGGCAAUGGCACGUGAGGGAGUCCAGGUGACACCCCAGCCCAGCUGCUCCCCAGCCCAGCAGAGGAAGGACAGGCACCAGCCAGCUCCACAAGUCCAAAGGAGCACAGGGGCCCAUGCCUGCUCAGGAGCCCACACUAAGGACUCAGAGGAAGCGGCAGCUUGCCCAGGCUCCUCCCAGGGGUGUCCCAGGAGAUCCUUAGUCCUAGGGUCUGUGUGGGAAACCCAUCCAGAUGAGUCCAUCAGUGGAGCACCUUCUGAACUCAGGACAUCACUGCCUGAGGGCUAUGGACACGUGGUGCCAUGCAAAUGAAGUGCAUUUGGAGACUGAACUGGGCUGUUAUGGGAUUCUUAGGGAAGGAGACAAAGGUGGGAAAAGGAGGAAUCAAGGGCAUUUGGGAAUAAAAAGCCUGGAAAAAUGGAUGGAUAAAAAAAUA